CGUCACAUUUAAUAUUUUGACAUAAAAUAUUUUUACACUUAAAUCGGGGUUAGUUAAAAUGUUAAUAAUAUUAAAUUUAGCUAAUUUAAUAUCUAGAUAACAUUUAUAAAUAAUAAAAUAUUUAAAAAGUGAUGAUGAAUAAACAUAAAUAUAUUUAUUGAGUGGAUUAUCUAAUUGUCAUUGAGGCUAGAUUAUACUUGAGUACUUAAAUUAUUAAUCAUCAGUAUCAUCAUUUUCAAUUUUACAAAAGAAUAAAAAGUUAUUAUACCGUUUAACAAUGGCUUGUUCAUUGUUAAAUCAAAAAAUUAUUCAAAUUAAAAUACCCGGGUCCGAAACAAUAGACAAUGUUACAUUUUAUACAAUUAAUGUCAGUAUUGGUGACGUUAAUUGGACAUUAAAACACAGGUACAGUGAAUUUGUCGUUCUCCAUGAGAUAUUGGUGUCUGAACAUUGUGUUGAAAAAGAUAUUCUGCCGCCAAAAAAAAUAAUAGGACGUAAAAAUGAAACGUUUAUUGAUAAACGUCGACAAGCACUGGAAAAUUACUUGAAUACUAUAUAUAAUUACUUGAAAAAAACUAUGCCGCGUGAAUUUGUUGUCUUCUUGGAUCUUCAUGUCUAUGACAUAUUUUUUUUAUUGCAAAACAUGGCUUUGAAAUUUUUUAAUGAAGGUCCUAAUAUUUUACAAUUAAAAUCAUAUACAUUUUCACCGAUACAGUUGUACGCAAUAAGCGAAAGAUUAAAACAACCAUGUCCUGCAUCAGAAGUCGCUGACAAAAAAUACGAUUUCAGUCAUGUGCUUGAUGUUAAUUCGCAUUUAAAAUCUUUGACAAUACAAGGCAGCAAUGAGUUAUACGGCACAAGUAAUAUAAACUUAUCAACUUUACCAAUAGAACUGUCAACAUUCAAAAAUAUAGAAACAUUGACAAUAAAUAAUUAUCCAGUUAAUAAAAUAUAUAUGAUGGGUAAUUUACGUGACACUGUUCGUGAAUUGCAAGUACACAAUACGCAGUUGAAAAAUAUUGUUGAUCUAGUAAUGUGCGAAGAGUUGCAUCGUUGUAUUGAAAAUGCAAAUGAUUCUCAUGUUUGGUUAAAAGUGAGUCAAUUAGAUUUGAGUGAUAAUAGUAUUGAAGUUAUCGAUGAAUCAAUAAAAUUGAUGCCACAUAUUGAAUCUCUUAUAUUAAAUAAUAAUUGUCUUACGGAAUUAUCGAAUAUAACAUUAUUACCUCGUUUAUCACAAUUACACGUAGCGUCAAAUAAUUUUACAAAAUUACCAGAUAAUUUACACACAAAACUUGGUAAUAUUGUUUAUAUGGAUUUAUCGCAAAAUAAAUUAACGUCAUUGGCAUCGUUUGCCAAAUUAUAUUCAUUAGAAUGGUUAGAUGUUAGUUGUAAUUGUAUCGAAAAUAUUGAUGAAGUUAAAUAUAUCGGGCAUUUACCAUGCAUUGAAAAUUUACGUCUCACUGGUAAUCCAGUAUCAACAAUAAUUGAUUAUCGUGUUAAAGUACUGGAACCAUUUGGUAAACGUGCUGCUGAUAUUUGUCUUGAUAAUGAACGUCCUAAUCAAAAAGAACUCGAUACUGUUGCUGUUUUACAGGCACUUAGAAUAGCUAGAGAGGGUAAAUCUAUGACGUUCAAUAAUACUGAUUCGGCACUUUUUUCUGCUGAAAUUCCUAUUGUUUAAAACUAUUAUUAAUAUUAUUAUUAUUAUUUCUAUUACUUAAGGGUAUUCUUAGACAGUGCCUUCCACUUUUUAAAAAUUUUCAUUGACUGAGCUGUCAUACCCGUAUUAAAAUUUUAUUAAUUAAGGUCUUUCUCAAACAGUGCCUUCCACUUUUUAAAAACUUUCAAUGACUCAACUAUCAUUAGCCUGUAAAAUUUUUAUCAAUUAAUUAAAAAAAAAUUAAAGCAUCAAUUGAAAAAAGGACAAUUUCGCUGAGAUAUAGAAUUUUAAAAAAAAUUACUUACAGUUGAUAUCAAUUGGGAGUUGAACGAAAUUUGGGAAAUAAAUUUCAGUAAAAUCUUCAUGUCAAUUUUAUAAUUCGAAUUUUAAAAUUUUAUAGGCUCAAAUUUAUUUCACAAAUUUCGUAUAACUCCCAAUUGAUAUCAACUGUAAGUAAUUUUUUUUUAAUUCUAUAUCUCAGCGACAUUGUCCUUUUUUAAAUUGAUGCUUUAAUUUUUUUUUAAUUAAUUGAUAAAAUUUUUAUACGCUACUGAAAAUUGAGUAAUUGAAAAUUUUUAAAAAGUGGGGGGCGCUAUUUGAGAAUGCCCUUAUUUAAAAAAAAAUUUAAGCAUUAAUUGAAAAAAGGACAACGUAGUUGUAAUUUCACCAAGAUUUAGAUUUUUAAAAAAAUUACUUAAGUUGUUAUCAAUUAGGAGUCAAACAAAAUUUGGCAAUUAAAUUUUAGUCCACAAAAUUAUAAUUUAAGUUCAAAAUUAUAAUAUUGUCAUUAAGAUUUUACUGAAAUUUAUUUAACUUCUAAUUAGUAAGAACUGUAAGUAAUUUUUCUUUUAAUAAAUUGAUAAAAUUCUAAUACGGUUAUGACAGUUGUCAUUAAAUAUUUUUAAAAAGUGGGGGAGGGGGUAUCAUCUAAGAAUUCCCUAAAGAAAUAUAUUUUUUAGCAUAUAUUAUAUAUAAUUUUUAUACGAUACAGUUACCAAAAAUAUAUUCAAUAAGAAAUUUUUUAUUUUUUUCUAUUUUCCAAGUGAAAUAAUUUCAUAAAUAAUUAAUUAUUGUGCAUAUUCUUAAAGAAAAUUUUUCAUAAGAAUAUGUAUAUAUUUUGAUAUUUUUUAAAAGAAAAAAAAAAAUAUUUUAUGACUGCAAAAAUGAAUUUUGAAUGUGAUCCUAGUUUGAUUUUUAUAUUAUAAUCUUACGGUACACUUUUUUCUAAAGCUAAUAUGGAUCACUAAAUUUUUUUUUUAAUUCUAGAUAAAAAAAAUAAAUAGAAAAAAAUUUUCAAUUUUUUUGUAGUAAAAAAUAAUAAAAGUUAAUUAUCUUUUAUAAUAAGUUUGACCACUUUGAGUGUAGCGGAAAUUAAUCAUGAUUAUUAGUACGAUAAAUUUGAAAUCCAAACCUUGAAAUAUUUUUUGUUGAUUUCAUUUUUUUUUAAUUUAUUAGUUUCUUUAAUUUAAUUAAAGAUCAAAAACAAAUUACUAACAUAUUAAUUAAAAAAAUGUAAAUUAAUUUAUAUCUAGUAUUAAAUGUAGACAAUCAUUUUUUAUUAUAACAAUUAAUUAUUAAUAUUUUAUAUUUAAUUAAUUUUGUCAAUUGAUUGAUUUUUUUUUAAGUAAAAUAUAUAAAUUUAUAAUUAAUUAUUGCGGUGCUUGGAUUUUUGUAAUAAAUGAGCGUAAAAUAAUUAUGUUAUAUA